GCAUGAAGUGGGAAACUAUUAUAAGAUUAAACGUCAGCGAUCUACACUAUAUGGGAAUUCGAAAUUCAAAAGUUCGAUUUUUGUUAGUUAAACAUUUCUGGAAAGUCAAAAAGUCAAUGGUGAGUGGUCCCGUGCAAGACGUCUUAAAGGCCGGCGGCGCGAGGGUCUUGGAUGUGGGUUGUGGUUCCAAGAAUUUCCUAUUGGAACUUUCGUCGGAAUAUCCGAAAUCACAAUUCUACAGUCUUGACUGCGCCUCUAAAUACCCGCCGCAAACUCUUCCGCAUGAUAAUGUGAUACCUCAACAAUUCGAUCUCUCAGAGGGCCUCCCGUAUGAGGAUGAGAUGUUCGAUUUUGUCAACAUUCGUUUUGUAAAGCAUUGUUUUAGCGAAACCGAAUGGAAAACCAUAAUCAUGCCAAACAUUGUGCGGGUAGUCAAACCGGGCGGAUGGGUUGAGUUUAUGGACGUUGACGAGAAUGUCUACAACACCGGUCCGGAAACGAGAAGUUUCAUGCGAAUGGUCGAAUCCCCUUAUGGUCUUGCGAAUAACAAUUAUAGUACCAAUGACUUUUACGAUCUUAAAAUUGACACACUUCAAGAAAUCAUUCAAUCUGCUCAACCCGAGCUCGGUUCACUGAUCGUUAUGGACAAGUUGAAUCCCUGGCACCCCACUCAUUCUUCCACUCACAACGCUGACAUACAUUUAGCAAACGAAUUGCUUGACUCUCUCAGAUUCAAAAUACAUGUCGAAUACGGAAUGGAAUCGGACCAGUUUGACAAAAUGUCCGACAGAAUAAUCCGUGAGGUUGAAACACUUAAAACCUACACCAUGACCUACAGAAUGUUUGCGCGGAAACGUCAAUUGUAG